UCCCCGUGUGUGUUGGCUGUAUAUGAGCCCCUCUACUUCAUCUCCUGCCUCCCUCCUCUUGCUGGCUUCACUCUCACCUCUUCUACCUCUGUACCGGACUCAAAUGCUAGUUGCACCGGUAGUUUAGCCUUAGUACGUCUGUCAGCCAGCAUUUUAUAGAAAGUAUCCGGGCUUUGAUUUGAAUCCAGUAUUCACAAGAAACCACGGAAGCGCCUUGGUGAGAUUUACUCACAUUUCUGCUGGGGAGAAUAGAAACUGCAUAAUUGAAUAAUAAACCUAGCACACUGAGCAGUCUGGGUGAGAGAUAAAUGGCGGACAAGCAGAUCAGUUUGCCUGCCAAAUUAAUCAAUGGGGGAAUCGCUGGCCUAAUUGGAGUGACCUGUGUGUUUCCCAUUGACUUGGCCAAGACUCGCCUACAAAACCAACAGAAUGGACAGCGCCUUUAUACCAGCAUGUCAGACUGCCUUAUUAAGACCAUCCGGUCAGAAGGAUACUUUGGGAUGUACAGAGGAGCCGCAGUAAACUUAACUCUAGUAACGCCAGAGAAAGCCAUUAAACUGGCCGCCAAUGACUUCUUCAGGCACCACCUCUCCAAAGAUGGUAAACUCACUCUGGUCAAAGAGAUGCUGGCAGGGUGCGGAGCAGGUACAUGCCAGGUUAUUGUCACAACUCCUAUGGAGAUGUUGAAAAUUCAGCUCCAAGAUGCUGGGCGUAUUGCUGCUCAGAGGAAACUGAUGCCGGAGACAGUGGCAGCAGGCACAGUGGAGAAGUCCCCUACUGCCAUGCAGCUCACCCGACAGUUGCUAAAGGAAAAGGGCAUUGCAGGCCUGUACAAGGGCCUCGGUGCCACAUUGCUGAGAGAUGUGCCCUUCUCCAUCAUCUAUUUCCCACUAUUUGCCAACCUUAAUAACUUGGGCAAGAGAGAUGUCGAGGGACCCGCUCCCUUCUACGUGUCAUUUAUAUCUGGCUGCGUGGCAGGGAGCACAGCUGCUGUGGCUGUAAACCCUGUAGAUGUGAUAAAAACACGGCUGCAAUCGCUCACCCGGGGCAGUACGGAGGACACAUACAGCGGAGUGGGGGACUGCAUCAGUAAAAUCAUGCGAAACGAGGGUCCAACAGCCUUCCUGAAGGGAGCCUACUGUCGAGCCUUGGUCAUUGCACCUCUGUUUGGCAUUGCCCAGGUGGUCUACUUCCUGGGUGUGGGUGAAUAUAUCCUCAGCUUCUUGCCCCAAAAAGACAAAUAAGAAGCAGCUCCUUUCUGCCUACCCCUCCCAUAAUGCAUUGUGGUCAGCUGCACAAGGAGGAGUCAUCUCAGUUUACUACAAGUAAUUGGGUCAAGGAGUGACCAUUAAGUCAAUUUUAUUUUGUUAUGUUGAAUGUGGAAAUGUUUUAGGAGGGAGCUUUUGUUUGCCAAGCUGCCUGUGCGGUGGCACACAACAUUCCAGAAGGCGGGCACAGCUAACUCUCUGGAAAUUAAGCCACAAUUAUUGAUUUUAAAGGAAGUUUGCUUUAUGAAGAUGUGAUUUGUUCUAUGAAGAUUUUUAAUUAUGAUUGUCACUAUCACAGUAGCCCUUGGUUGCUGCAGUACUGCACAGUUAACAUAUUUUUUAUCCAAGAGCAUUAGGCUUAAUGAGAAAAGAUGAUCUAAAUAUUAGUCACUGUAUCUAUCAUUAAUGUACAAACCAUACUGGAAUAAUAUAUUUAAAUUUUAAAGUUUAUUAGAUUAAACAUAUCUAUUUAUUAAGUCCCCCUGGCCUUUAAGUCUUACAAAGCAAAAUGUGUCUUAUGACAAAGUACUGGGAAUGUGUUGUAUUGAUGCUAGCAUUCUCUCUGAUGUUUCCUUAGAAACCACAUCCCUUCCUGUAAGGCAGGAGGAACACAGCCAUUCAGCACUGAGUAGACUUUAAUGCCUGGGCUUUUAACUAGAUCAGGUUCCAUCGCAAAUUAAGCACUACCACAAUGGUUGUCUCCAAGUAGCCCACGUAUUUCAAAAGAGAAUACAUAAACUUUGGGCAUUACAACAUUCAUUCAAAUAUUCUCAAAUGUAUCAUCAAAUUGUACUUGAAUGAAUAUAUAAGUUUUAAAAUUAUAAUAUACUUUUGGACACACCCCAUUUGGUAACAUCUCAGCAGGGUUAUAUCGCUUGAUCCCUGAUAGAAAAGUCCUGCUGUGAUGUGGCUGAUUGAAUCAAGGCCAAAAGAAAGUUUAUGUUCAAAAGCACUGUCAGUUUUGUGGUUUGGGCUGGGCAAUUGAAAGCAUCUGCUGCCGUUUUGAUUUUGAUCAAAGUGAAGGUAGAUUUUUAGUGACAAACCUUCUCUGGCUUCAGUGCAGUCAGAGAUUGUGGCGCAAUGCAGAUCAGGCAUAACAUUGUGACUAUGGCACACUGAUAUUAGAUAGGGUGAAUCAGAAUCAGAAUCAGAAUCAGAAUCACUUUUAUUGAUCCCCGAAGGGAAAUUCUCUUAGUUAACAGAUGCCACAACCACAGGAUAGAAUUUAAAAAUAAGAAUAAAAAGUCAUUUGAAGUGAAGUAACAAUGACUAGACCUCUCCAAAUUCACAGCUCUUGGUAGGCCUAAUGAAGGAACAACUGUGACCUAGAUUCUGUAACUCAAAUUGCUGAAUCUAUUUAAACUAGUCCUGAUAGACAAGUGCAUCACAUUUUGUUUUCAAUACUUACAUAUAAGAGGUCUGUGAUAAUGUUACACCUGAUCAGUGCAUGGCAUCCUACUUUCCCUUCGUCCUACAUCCUACUUUUAUUGUUUACAGUUAAUACACUUUAAUUCCCUAGAUGUGCAAACUUGAAUUCAGUGUCGGGACCCAAAGAGCUAACGACCUUUUGUUUUUAUCACAAAAUUGAAUCAAUGUGAUGUGAAGUGUUUUAUGAGAUGACCAAAUGUCUUUUGUGCUGAGGUUUUGUUUGCGUACAGCUGUCGUACCUUGUUUAUGCAUUACUUUACUAAAGCCCUGCCAUUGUCGGAGAUCAAGGUGACUUUGAAGUGUACUGUCCAAUCACAUUCCUCCCUCGCUCUCACAUUUUAACAUUAGUGUUGUAGACAUUUAAUGCAACCCUUGUUUUAUCAUUCCUGGGAGUGAGACCUGUUCAAUAUUCAUUUAUAGAUAGGUGUAUGGCACUAUAUACGUCAGUGUAUUGUUUUUCUGUGUCAAAGUGUCCACCUUAACUAUAUUGUACAUAUACAGACAUUAUGAAGGUUGUAUUUACUUUUGAAGUUAUUGUUUGUGUUGUAUGUGAUGGCUUAUUUGCACACCUACCUCUGUAUACCCCCAUCUCUUUCCAUACUGUUCAGCUACAUGUACAUCGUAACAUAUCUGGACAAACAGUUAAUUCAAGCAUAGUUUCUGUUUGAGUGAAAACUAUUUGGUAUACUAAAAGAAACACUAACAGUAAUAGUUGAUUGGAGGUGCCAUUUUUUCAAAGCUGUUAACUCAAUCCAUCUGCCACUUUGUUGGUUUUAGGACCAAGGACCAAAUGAAGCAAGAGAUUGAAUGGGCUAAUUCUUUUUAUAUGCUUUAGCUCUACUCUCCACCCCCAGUCAAGCCAACAGGCAGUGUAAAUUUAACAUCUGUCACUUCGAAUGGUGCUCUUUUAUGAGGUAGCUGCAAUACGGUGACCAAGGAAUCUAAUGUGCAAACCUCAGCAUUUUAUUGUAUGUUGUGAGUGAAAGCCAUAGGCCAGGAUUGACAUCCAAACGUGCUAGACAUUGACAGACACACAACCCCUGAGCCAUAAGAAAAUGGCAAGAGUCCUGCCUAUAGUAUAUAAUUAAUUUACUUUGCAUAUUUUCCUGAUUUUGUAACAGUUCAUCUCAUUUAUGCAGUUAUUGUGAUCACAUUGCCUAUUUUCUGUGAGAUUAUUGCUAUGAUUUUGUGAAUUUGAUUUCCUUCUCAAAUCUGUUCUGUGUUUUGGUUGAAUCUUGAAAAGUGCUGUGAACGAUAUUUUGGUCACUGUUUCUGCUGACCUGGUGUAUUUGGUUUUGUGUGUGCGUGUGUUCGUGUUGUAGUUGGUGUGUAGUUUUUGUGCACAGAUGUAUUUUUCUCUGAUUGUCAGUACAAUGCUCUUUUCUCUCUCCCUUUCCAUCUGUCACAGAGGGACACCAAAUGACUGACUUUUGAGUAUAUACAAUCAAAGAAAGCACAAGAGUUUUAGGCACAAGCGGCACACUCAGCCCCCUCCUUCUGUUCUGUAAUGGUCCAGAGGUGGGAAUCGUGACUGGGCACAGCUCUUAGAUUGUGGCACUUAUUUCAAAGCUGAGUGAGUUGGGCUUCAGAAGGUUUAUCUGUGAAAAGGGCUGAGACAACAGGUCAUUGGGAGUCUGUCUGCAGUAAUCACAACAUGUAUAUUGCCUACAUAUUCUAAAUGAAUCAAGUAUAAGAAUGUACUUAGAUAUAAGAUGUAUUAUAAGUAUAGUGAAGAGUUUAUUACAUUUAAGUGAAAGAUUUGUGCUUUACACACUCUUAGAAUAUGAACCAGCUCACAGAUAUGCAAUAAGUCGUAGAUACACAAACACUCAACACGUAAAUGUACACAUUGAACAGCACCUGUUGAUUACUGCUACAUUUCAUGAAAAAUGUAACUGGGGAGCUACAGGCUUGUUGGCGAAAAGUUUUCUUACCGCCUUGUGUUCUCUUCCUCCAAGAGGAACCGUGCAUUGUUGCACUUUAAACAAGGGCCACACCAUGAUGUCCAUAAGACAAAGAGUUUCUAUAUUAUAAGGAGACUAUUUGUGGUGAGUGUCACAACUGUCUAAGACGUUGUUUACAAUGUAAUAAAGAAAAUAGUAUGUUCUCUGUCACAGUUUGCUGUUCAAUAAACUCACUGUCCUCA